CACAACACCAGGAGGCAACAACAUCCUACCUGACUGCAUCUGCUUAUACAUGGCUGUGGUGUUUAAAUCUCGUGGUUCUCAAGUCAGCAUUGAAGUCGGUGAAUAUGAGCAGAUUCCGGAAAAUGGACAUGGAGACAUGAGAGAAAAGCGUCUGCCAAAAUCAAAACAUGCCUCUGUGGUUUUGAUGGGGUUUGGACUCCUGUGUGUCCUUCAAGCCGUUCUCAACAUCACACUCAGACUGAGUCACAGAGAGCUACCUCAUAAAGGCAAAAAAGAAGAGAUCUGUCCACAGGACUGGCUACAGUUUAACUUCAGUUGUUACUACAUUUCCUCCAUGAGGAAGAGUUGGCACAGCAGCCGUCAGGACUGUCUGCAAAGAGAUGCUGACCUGGUUAUCAUUAACAGCAGAGAGGAACAGGCUUUCCUCACUGGGUUCACCAAAGCAGCAUGGAUUGGAAUGUCUGACAAGAAGAAGGAGGGAAUUUGGAUCUGGGUGAAUGGUACACCAGUAAACAAAGACAGGUUAGAAUGGGCCCCUGGACAGCCUGAUGGAGCGUUUGGAGGAGAAGACUGUGGUGAUAUUCGUACAAUGAUGAAUUUUAUUGGUUUGAAUGACUCUAACUGUAGUCUCAGAUCCCAAUGGAUCUGUGAGAAAACACUGAGGUAGAGAUACUUUCUGUGAUUCAUAUUAUCCAUCAUUUUUGCACUCAUUCAGCGAUCCCAAUAUUUCCUCCAAAAACUUUGGGCCCUGUUUUCAUGCCCAGCGCUAUACCUGGUACAAGUAGACGUUGCACGUUCCACAAAG